AUGGGCCUUCUAGACGACUACCUCAACAUAUCGCCCGCGCACUUCGCACACAUCCCAUCAUCAAGGCUCUCCUUAAGCGUCUUCAACGAUGCCAUACCACCAUUCUCACACCCAAGAACAACCCAAGAACAAAAGACAUCACUAAUAACUCGCCUAAAGCCAUUCGAGGUCCUAUCAACCAUGCGCGAGCGCACCCCCUUCCCAGCCUCCUUGCUGGAAGAGCUCCCGAAUCUGAAACUUCUUCUGGCAACAGGAACCCAAUUCGAGACAUUUGAUCUUACAGCCGCACGCAAGCUAGGCAUCACCGUUGCCGCUGCACCAGGAAAAGGCCGUGUGGACGGUAAGACGAUCCCUGGUCGUGCCGUUAGCCCGAAACUCGAUAUCAAGAAGGGUGGCAGCCACCCCACGACGCAACAUGCCUGGGCACUUAUACUUGCAUUAGCAAGGAAUGUGGCUACAGAUGACGCGGUGAUGAAAUGUGCUCACCCUGUCGUGGAUAGUACGUGGCAGACCGGCCUUGCGAAGGGGCUUACGGGUUCGACCCUGGGCGUUGUUGGGUUAGGAAGACUUGGUGCGGCGGUUGGCAGAAUUGCGGCGUUGGGAUUUGGCAUGCGAGUUGUCUGUUGGAGCGAGAAUCUCACGCAAGAAAGGGCUGAUCGGAAAGCCGAGGAGAUGGGAAUGGAUAUAUAUGGGCCUGAUGGGACUCGGACGUUUCGAGCUGUCAGCAAGGACGAACUUUUCCGUGAAGCUGAUGUUGUCAGUCUGCAUUAUGUGCUUAGUGAGCGGUCCAGGGGACUUGUUGGAGAGCGAGAAAUAGGGGCUAUGAAGAGUAAUGCUCUUCUUGUGAAUACGUCGCGUGGGGCUUUGAUUGAUGAGGAUGCUUUGUAUGAGGCUUUGAGUGAGGGUCGAAUUGGUGGUGCUGCAUUGGAUGUUUUUGAUCUCGAGCCGUUACCUGUGGAUAGUAGAUGGCGCUCGAAGGAUUGGGGGUUUAAUGGACGGAGUCGGUUGUUGCUGACGCCUCAUAUGGGGUAUGUGGAAGAUGGGAUUAUGCAUAAUUGGUAUGAGGAGACGGUGGAGAAUCUCGAGCGGUAUUUGGAUGGAAAGGAGAUUCUUCAUCGAAUUAAUUAA